AGGUGCGCGUCGUGCAUGCCCGGGGAAAAGCGCUGAAGCAGCUGGGAAGAGGCUUCUCCGGCAAGUAGUAUGCAUGGCUGGGAGCUCCGUUAAGAUGCAACCCGCGUGUUACAGGGCCGACUCGCUGCUCCAUGACCGUAACGCCACAGACGCCAGAGGCCAGGAGCAGCAAGUGCAGUUGCGGCAGAAGCUGAGGGAACUACCGACGCUGCUCCGGAGUGGACUCACGCUGCGGAGAAAGCGCUCAGAUGGCGGGGGCCGGAUUAUAUCUAGGAGAAUUUCAAAUCCAUAUGUGGAAAACCCUCCUAAUAAGAUUUAUGGAGAGGAUGCCUUGUGUGCUGGAAGAGCACUCAGAAACGUUUUUCGGUUACAAGCUUCCGCUCUGAUAAAAGAUAGAAUGUCUCUGAUGGGCCUUUGCAGGCAAAGCUGCAUUGGAUCUGAACUGGUAGAUUGGCUUUUGAAAUGCUGCACUUUCAUUAGGAGCAGAUCUACAGCAGCUGGUGUCUGGCAGCUACUACUAAAUAUGGGAAUUGUGUUUACAGUGGGUAAGCAGAUAUAUUUUCUAGAUAGGUAUGUUUUCUACCAGUUCUCAUCUGAUGAAUGCACAUACCUGUUCUGUGAAUACGAAGGAGAAAAAAGAUGGAAAAAUGGUGUGAAAUUUCUAUUGAAGAUGGUGCCUGUUACUUCUCCAAGAAUUAAUAUGGAUAACAGAAGAAUAGAAGAAACAGCUGAAACCAAUGCAGAAAUUCUUGUUCGUCUUACAGCAGCAGUGCAGAGAGAACUGGCAGCUGUUCUUGCUAUGAAAGCAAGAAAAUCAGCAAUGAAUCAAAGUUAUGACAUCUGCAGUGGAGAAGCAAUAGUGCAAAAAAACCAGAAGGAUAUCUGUGAUGUACAGGCAGGCGUUAUGUGCAAGCUUCAAGAACGAGAAGAUAUUGGGCACAUCGAACUUGUCCAGAAAUUUGCAAAAGAAAAUUGUCAUGGUCCACAGGCAAACAAAAGAGAACUAGGGAAUACAGACCAGCUGGAUGAUGAAGUGACCACUGUUCAAAUGAGGGAACUGGACCAAGAUGUGCUGGUGCUUAGGAGAGUGUUGUCACAGAGCCCAGCCCCCACAUUGGGGAGUGCCGAAAAUGAUCGGAGAUAUGUUGUGGUGUCAGGGACACCAGAGAAGAUUUUGGAGCAUCUCCUGAAUGACCUGCACCUAGAAGAAGCACAGGACAAAGACACAGAAACUCUUCUGGAUGACUUCCUUCUUACAUAUACAGUCUUCAUGACAACAGAUGACUUGUGUCAAGCUCUGCUGAGACAUUAUUGUGCUAAGAACCAUCAAAACAAGGAUGAAAUUGUUGAUGUUCCCUGUAGAAAGCGAAAAGUCUUGCAUUUGGUGUCACAGUGGACUUCACUCUACAAAGAUUGGUUGCAUGAAGAUGAGCAUUUGAAGCAAUUUCUUAAGACAAUAUAUAGAAAUGUGUUAGAUGAUGUGUAUGAAUACCCUAUAUUGGAGAAAGACCUAAAAGAAUUUCAGAAAUUACUUGGAAUGCAUCGUCGUCACACAGUUGAUGAAUAUUCACCUCACAGAAAGCAUAAAGCCAUUUUACAUCAAUACAGCCUCAAGCAGAACUGGCUUCAGACCAGAGAACCUGUGAAUGAAACAGAAGAAGUUUUUUGUCGUGUGUAUAUAACAGAACAUUCUUACAUCAGUGUAAAAACUAAAUUAUCCACUUCAGUUCAAGAGAUGUUGAAAAUUGUAGCAGAGAAGCUCCAACAUUCUCAGGAAGAUCUGGCUCUAGUGGCUCUUUCAUUCUCUGACGAAAAACAUGAAUUGCAACCAAAUGAUGUAGCAAUCUCCAAAUCUCUUGAGUUAUCUGCUCGUAUGUUUGUAUUUCAAAAGGAUCUGACAGAUACGUUGAUCCCUUUUGCUGAAAAUGAGGAAAUCCACCAACGAUCAGUGAAAAUUCUGGGGAUUAAUACCUGGAACCUUGCUUUAGAAUUAACAGUUUUUGACUGGAAUCUUUUCAAUUUGGUUCAUGAACAAGAACUGAUAUAUUUCACCUUCAGCCGACAAGGAAGUGGGAAAAACACUGUGAAUCUUAGUCUUCUGCUUCAAAGAUGCAAUGAAGUUCAACUUUGGGUUGCCACAGAAAUACUCCUCUGCAGCCAGCUCUGUAAACGUGUACAACUAGUGAAAAAGUUCAUUAAAAUUGCUGCUCAUUGCAAAGCCCAGCGAAAUCUGAAUUCAUUUUUUGCCAUUGUCAUGGGGCUCAACACUGCCUCUAUCAGCCGGCUUUCUCAGACCUGGGAGAGAAUGCCUGGAAAGUUUAAGAAGCUCUUUGCUGAACUUGAAAGUUUGACAGAUCCUUCUCUGAAUCACAAAGCCUAUAGGGAUGCAUUCAAGAAAAUGAAGUCCCCAAAGAUCCCUUUCAUGCCUUUACUUCUUAAAGAUGUAACAUUUAUACAUGAAGGAAACAAAACAUUUCUGGAUAACCUUGUAAACUUUGAAAAGCUGCACAUGAUUGCAGACACAGUACGAUCAUUGAGGCAUUGUAGGCGUAACCAAUUUGGAAAUGAUAUACCUUCCAAAGAGCAUGAGGAGCUGAAGUCCUAUGUCCAUCAUUUGCGUAUCAUUGACAACCAGCAGAUGUUGUUUGAGCUUUCUCACAGGAUAGAACCCCGUAUAUGAAUUCAUACUUAUCUAUCUCCAGCACUUUCAAUUCAUGAAUACUUAUGUG